AAGCACGAACCAAAUUUUUAGAUUUGGAUCAAGGUACAAUGACUAGAUGUUACUUUCAAAUCCAAUUUUUUAGCCAAGUGAUGAAAGUAAAUGAACCACCAAAACAUGAUUGAUGAAAUCGAACGGUUAUAAAACCAAUACAAGCCAUUACUUAUUCAGCCUCCAGAUCAAGCCACGUGGUUAAUUAUCGUAUCGACUCCUCUCAUGGUCAUCGACACGUGUUCACAACCCCAACUUCCUUCAUAUGACCCACUCGUCUUGUCCAAGAAACAAAGGAACUUAAAAAGGCGGUGGUGAGAGUGAGAGAAAAAAAAAAUUAAACGGCGAAAAUGAGUUCCGGUAUCGGAAGUUUAGUGAAGGUCAUCUUUAAGAACUUCGACGUCAUUGCUGGACCUGUGAUUAGCUUGGUUUAUCCUCUAUACGCAUCAGUGAGGGCCAUAGAGUCUAGGACUCAUGGAGACGACAAGCAAUGGCUCACUUAUUGGGCUCUUUAUUCACUUAUCAAACUCUUUGAGCUCACUUUCUAUAGACUCAUCGAAUGGAUCCCGUUAUGGCCAUACGCCAAGCUAGCCUUAACUUGCUGGCUGGUGCUGCCGGGCUUGAGCGGCGCUGCUUAUGUCUACGAGAACUACGUGCGUUCAUUCCUAUUAAGUCGAAAUAAUGUUAACAUAUGGUACGUGCCAGCUAAGAAGGACGAAGACGACUUAGCAUCAGCUGCUGGAAAGUUUAAUGCCGGAACUGAUUCCGGUGAGGCUCCUGAGAAGCUUGUUAGCUCGGUGGAUACAUCAGCCAAGUAUGUUGGUCACUCGGCCUUUGAUGAUACCUAUACCUACUAGUGAAACUACUUCCGGCUGGUUGUAGCUUAUAUAUGUUUACCCAUCUUAGUGUCUCAUAUACUUUUUGCUUUUUGUUUCUGGUUUUUUACGAAGUUGUUGUUAAGGUUAUGAAAUUUUACUUUCAACAUAAUAUGUUUAUGCGUGAAUAAUUUAUGUUUUUAUGUAAUAAGAUCAGAGUACAAAAAAACCAGCGAGACCAUACUUAGUUUAACGAGUUUGAAGCUAUUUAAUUUGAUAACC